UAACUAUAAUGACAAGGUUUUGUUUUAUUUGUUAAUAAAAUGUAUGCUCUAGAAUUUUGUUUGUAAACUAUGUAUAUUAUAUUGUUGUUGAAUAGUUUACGCUUUAUUUAAGUCCUUGGUUAUAUGCUAAUCAUCCGGAGUAGCAACAUCUAAGAAUUAAAUUAUAUAACCACUUCAAUUGAAUAAGUAGCCGGUUUUAAAUUUCGUAUUGAGAUUCCCCUCAUAUCAGUGUUGUGAUGUUUAUUAUGCAGGUUAACGAAAUAACUUGUUCUAAAUUAAAAUAUUAGUAGGUAUUAUCAUAAUUUUUUAAAUUACCUAAAAUGAAGUCAGAUUUAUCGAGUUUGCCGAUAAGGGAUAAAUGGGCUAAUAAAACAGAGUUUUUGCUAUCAUGUUUGGGGUAUGCUAUUGGAAUUGGAAAUGUUUGGAGGUUCCCAUAUUUGUGCUACAGAAGUGGAGGAGGUGCAUUUUUAAUACCAUAUUUCCUCAUGCUUUUCACCUGUGGAAUACCUUUAUUUUUUAUGGAAACAUCCUUGGGGCAAUUUUCAAGCUCAGGGAUCUUGACCUUAUUCAAAAUAUCACCAAUAUUUAAAGGCGCUGGCUAUGCUAUGAUUAUUGUAAACGUUAUAGUUUCUAGCUAUUUUACUACAAUUUACACGUACCCCAUUAAUUUUCUUUUUUACUGCUUUCAAUAUGAAUUACCUUGGUCUAACUGCAAGAAUAGUUGGAACACGGAAAAUUGUGUAGAGGUAGGAUUUCAUAAAAUUAACUCCACCAUACUUAAAAACUCAACUGGAAUUGUGACACCAGCUGAUGAAUUUUUUCACAAAGAAAUUCUUCAUCUAUCACCAAGCAUAAACGAGACAGGCUCCAUAGUGUGGAACUUAUUUUUAUGCAAUUUAUUUUCAUGGUUAGCCACAUAUCUUUGCAUAAUGAAGGGAAUCAAAACUGUUGGAAAAACUGUCUAUUUUACAGCAACUUUUCCGUUUCUAAUACUUUUUAUACUCUUUAUCAGAGGUGUAACAUUACCUGGAGCUUGGGAGGGAAUUAAGUUUUAUAUAUACCCCCAAUGGGGUCAAUUGACAAACCUUAAGAUUUGGGCUGAUGCUGCAAUACAGAUAUUUUUCUCUCUUGGGCCUGGUUGGGGCGGUUUGAUCAGUUUGGGCAGUUUUAAUGAGUUCAAAAACAAUAAUCGAAGAGAUUCAAUUUUGGUUCCAAUCAUAAACUGUUGCACGAGCGUUUUUGCAGGAUUUGUGGUUUUUUCUGUGAUUGGUUUUAUGUCCCAUGAAACUGGUUUGCCCGUUUCCACAGUGGCCACAGCCGGUCCUGGAUUGGCGUUUGUGACUUAUCCACAAGCUAUAUCCCUUAUGCCUGUGCCCCAACUUUGGGCCGUAUUAUUCUUUUUGAUGCUGUUUUUUCUGGGACUCGAUAGCCAGUUCGUUCAGUUGGAAGCUAUAGUUGCGAGUAUUAUUGAUGAAUAUCCAGUAUUGAGCAGGCAUAAAAUGAAGAUGACUUUUGGAGUGGUUUUCGCAAUGACCACUUGUUCUACAUUAUAUGUGACAAAUGGUGGUAUGUACUGGCUUCAACUGUUUGAUUGGUACUCAGCUUCUAUAGGGGUAAUAUUAAUAUGUCUCGUGGAAGUCAUCAUUAUUGGUUGGAUAUAUGGAAUAAAUAAUUUUGUAAAGGAUAUAGAAUUUAUGAUCAAUGAAAAAUUAGGAAAAUAUUGGAUUAUUUCCUGGAAAUUUACCAAUCCUGUUAUAUUAACGCUUCUUCUCUACACAACCAUUGCAUACAACUCCAAAAUUUCAUACCGUGGGGAAUUUUACCCAGAUUGGGCAGUAAACGUUGGAUGGUGUUCUUGUGGAGUGUCGGUAAUUUGUAUACCAAUGUAUAUUAUUUAUAGAUUAUUGUAUGUGGAAAAUGGUGACCUAUGUGAAGUAAGUUUUGAAGUCAAUAUAACAAAUAUAAAUACAAUAAACAUAAUGCCUUUUUGGUACUAUUGUUUUUUUCUUUUUGUGCCUUUAAAUAACCCAAGACUAAUUAAUUUAUUUUUUCAAUAUUUUCAGAGAGUUCGAGUAGCAUCACACUGUGUUAAAGAAUGGGGUCCAGCAAACCUAGAUGACCUAAAAGAUUGGGUUAUUUGUGUUCAAAUUGAUAGACUUAAAAAAACUGCAGAAUUUGAUGUGCAUGGCAGUAUGCAGCAUGAACAAUUUGUACAAUUAUCUGCAAUAGAUUAAUUAUUAAAACUAAAAACAAUUCUGUUGUCAACUUUUUAUACUCAAGCAAUAAAUAAGAGUUACUU